UUGGUGUAUACCCAGGCACCGAUGUAGGUGUACGCGUCGUAGGUGUAUACCAUCGCGGUUUGGCGCGGCGGCCGCGCACUGUUCUUGGCACAGUUUCUGGUCAUCUCCUAUUGCGAGCGGAACGCGCGCGAGCUGGACCUGCGUGCGAUUUCCUCCGCGUCUCGUCUCAUCUCGUCUCGUUCGUGCAGCAUCCGCGUCCGUUUCCCCUAAUCGGCACGUACCGUACACCUGCGCAAUCGAUCUUGGAAAGAGAGCGCUUCGAGAAAAAAAAUGCAGCUGACAUCGUGUUGUAGGUGUUUUUCCCUUAAAACGGGGACAAUUUUUAGCGGAGUAUGUGGAAUCAUACUCGCUGUGAUCUCCCUGAUUCUGAUUUUCACAGCAAACGUAGAAUGGAAAACGAUAAUUAUCGACAUUCUAGACAAAACAGCUGUAAAGAUCAUCUUCGCGAUCAAUCUCUGUAUGACCAUUCUAAUUUCUACACUACUCAUAAUCGGCGCUUUAAGGAAAAAUACGUUUAUGAUGCUUCCAUGGGUGGUCCUGGGCAUCAUGUUAGCCGUAGCUCUUCUGGUGAGCGUUCUUUACACCGCGAUUAUGUUCUUCAUAAACCACGAAGUUCUCAACGGUGUUCUGUGGCUUAUUUUCGGUCUAGUUGCUGUCGUGAUAUAUGUAUACAUGUGGCUGGUAGUAUACAGUUACUUCCAACAAUUGAAAAUUGAGAAGCUGAGCAAAAGAAUGGGUCCCUAUGGAAAACCAUACAAUUACCGACGACCAUGAGAGCAAGAUUGAAUACGUAGAUACAAUUGCAGGACCCGUGCCCAGACCAUUCACGAAGCGAUCGAGGUUGGAGAACAGUGUAAUGUCCACAACAAUAUUGCUAUCAUUCAAAUGAGCCCACGUGAGCCUAUAUCGGUCCGCGAUAUGCUCUUGCAAUAGUCCAAUCGAUUGCAAUGGUACACGGCUACUUUCGCUACUAAUACGUAUCAAUCUACACUGAACAAUGUUGAAUGAUAUACCAUGCAGCAGCAAGGUUGUCUUAGAUCAAUCAAAACGAGUUUUUUACAAUUACAAUUUAUCAUACAGAAAAUGGCGCGUGAAAUACAUAUUUAUUAUUAUAUUAUUUAAUUUUUUAUUAAGAUACACACAUACGUUUAUACUCUUUCACAAAUAUGAUUGUGCACGAAUUGCACAAUCAUAUUUGUGCAUCUCAUGCACAUUUAAUAAUAUACGCUUAUCAAAUUUUCAUAAAAGUUGUUUGAAUUGUCUUCGCUUUAUUAUAUAAAGGAAAAUGCAAGAAAAAAGGCAAGCAAAAAUUAUUGUCAAUAAAUUGUAUACUAAAAUAUUUUCCCUAUAAUAUUGUCAAGACGACAUCGAGAAAAAGUAUAUAAGAUAUAAUGAAUAAUAUAUCUUAUACAGUAAAAUUCAUGAAAAAUUUGUCCUUGUUCUAUUAUUUCCACGUUAUUAUCAAUUAAAUAAAACGAAUUUUGUGCCGCCUAGAUUGUAAAUUGAGCUAAAAAUAACAACAAAUAAUAGCUAAAAAUUGUUUGGACUAAUAUAACAAAAGCUACUGUAAUGAGAAGAAGUAUAAUAUAUCGAUAUUUCUUUAACAAUUGAGCUCCUUUUACAAAGUUUGAAAACCUGAUUUAAAGGACUACUGAAUUUUAUGAUAUCCGGAAAAAAAAUCACUUGGUGAAACACGUGCCAUAAAAGCGAAUCGAUUAAUCUAUUAUUAUAAUAUAAGCAAUUGUAUCACGAUUUUUCUACGCAUCCGAAACUGUACUUUAACAAUUCAUUCUUUGGCAAACAUGUUAUACAAUUAAACUUAUUUAAAAAAUUAAAUAAGAAAUAUAUUCUCUCUCAUAUAUAUUUGGAAAUUAAAUCAAA